UUAACUCUCUUUAUCUCUCUCUCUCUCGCUCUCUCUCUCAAAGAGUCUCUAAAGUGAGUUUAUAAUUAGACACAGAGGAGCUCUGUGUCUAAUGGCAUGCUUAGAAAUGUACAACUCCAAUGGUGGUGGUACUCCCAUGAGUCCUAGAAUCUCUUUCUCUAACGAUUUCGUUGAGAUUAGGCCUGAGACGACCAAGGCGACGACGAGAUCAAGCCCUCUAUCUAAACCAGAGGGUUCUUCUUCUUCUGAUAACUUCGAGUUCUCUGUCUCGAACUACACGAUGAUGCCAGCUGAUGAGCUCUUCUCUAAAGGAAAGCUUUUGCCUUUCAAGGAAACCAACCAAGUCCAGAGAACAUUGAGAGAAGAGCUUCUCGUUGAAGAAGACGAAGAUGAAGAAGAAGGCCCACGUGAUGCUACCAACAUCUUCUCUCUCAAGCCACCCAUCUUCUCUUCUUCUUCUUCUUCUUCUUCUAAGGGAAGGUGGAAAGGGCUUUUAGGCCUUAAGAGGGCCCAUGUUGGGUCUAAGAACAAUGAAGAACGAUUUGUUCAUAUGGCUCACAACAAAUCAUCUCAGGAAGCAAUGGGUGGAAGAGCCAUGUCAAGUUGCAGGGAGAUGAAGAAGAGUAUGUAGUAGAGCUUUAAAAAAACCAAGAACAAAAAAAAAAGCUUUCUCUUUGUUUUGAUUUAUUUAUUUAGGAACAUGGUUGCUUCCGGAUUUUUUAAAGUUAUUAGAAUUAUGUUAAUCUUAUAAGAUCUAAAAAGUCAUUUAAAAAAAACGAAGAAAGAAAGGCAGUUUUAUGUGUUGUUUACGGAGAUGGUCUAUUACUACUCUCUAUUUCAUCAACUCUUCUUUUUCCACUAUUCAUGUUUUUAUCUAUCUUAUGAGGUUUUUUUUUUUUGUUUUUUCCAUGCUUCAAGGGUGAGGUUUAUAGUAGAUCUGUCUUUGUCUGUGUUAUGGAACACACUAGUUUCAACUUUUUGGGUGUACAAAAAAUAA